AUGAAGAAUUACGAAAAUCACCACGAACUCACAACCUGUAUCCAAGAGUUGCAGGGCCGCUUGGAAAAGACCAAGAUGAUUCAUCAUACCAAGCAUCUUUGCGUCGUCGACAAAUUAACUUCGAAGUCCAGUUUCAUUGGUGGCAUCGAGAUCUAUGCACUCGCAGAUGCCCUUCAGCAUACGACUGAUGUCAUAUACCGAAUACUGCAACGGUCGUAUGGUAUAGAGCUGAGACAUUUUCAAAAGGACUUAUUACGUACUUGCCAGGCUAUCGAAGUUUGGCAUGAUCGGUUUCGAAAGUGUACCGCUAAACUGGAUGCCAGUAUUAUCAAAAGCUCCCACCCUAUCGGUUCUCUCCUGGCGUUAUUAUCUUUGAGUAUCCGCAAGUUUCGACAAAUAUUUGAAGAUUACAUUCAAGAGAUAUCUUCUGGCGAGCUUGAAUGCAACAUACUCUGGCUCAAGCGGUAUCCGUGGCUGAAAGAAGUUGAAGAAGUUGUGGGUGAACCUCGUAUGGGUCCCGCUCAACCACUCUUCGAUGUUUCGUACUGGAGCCGCAUGUGGAUACGGCAAGAAGUCAUUCUCGCCAAGCACCCUGUUUUUGCUUGCGGAUCUCGAGCAUUCUCAGUCGAGACGCUGGAACUCUUCUCGGCUUGGAAAGCGGGCCUUAGCAAGUUGAUAAUGGCAUAUCAGCGAAUCUGGAAAUUGCUUCACCAUAUAUUCGACUGUCGCCAAACUCAAGGACAAUCAGUGGGUCAUUGGUUAAGCAUAAGGGGUUUGAAACCCAACAUCUGGUGCUUCUCAUCAGAUACUCGUGCGUCCAACCCCAAGGAUUAUUAUUACGGCUUUCUCGCUCUGACGAACCUCGAAAUCACUCCUGACUACGACUCCACCAAGACUCUUGGACUAAUAAGCCGGGAAUAUGUGUCUGAAUAUCUUCGAGCAUUUCGCAAUAAGUCUUUCUCCAACAUCUUGUCGGAAGGGCCUUUGGGCCUUCUUAUGUUUGCUGGCGUUGGAUACGGCUGGGACAUGGACCCAGAUAUGCCAUCAUGGGGCCCAAACUUCCCGGGUCAGGCACAGGCGAAGCCCUCCUCUAGAGGGAGUGCUGAUGCAAUUUUUCUUGAAAGCGCGGAAGGGUUUGAAAGCAUCUUCAGAACAGAGUCUGACGCCGCAAUAGCCGGUCCCGACUUGGAGGUUUCAGCGAUUAUUCUGGACCGUAUCGAAAAUAUAGGCCCAAGGGUCUCUGACUACGGCAGAUUUGAACUUCUCCACCCGGAAGGUUUGCCGAUCACCUGGGCCCUCGACUUUGCAUUGCGUCAUAGCAGAUAUGUAUCAGGGGGCCACCCUCUGGCUGCUCUACGAACUCUUCUUGACCCAUCGGUUGUCCCUGAGAGUGCACAGAUUGACCCACCUGUCGAAGACUGUCUGGACUUUAUCAAAUUCUUGGCUCGUUUCAAUUAUUAUCCACGUCCUGAGACCAAGCUCCCCCUUAGUGUUUCUUGGAAAAGACGUUUGUGUUAUGUGAAGGAGCUGCUUGAACAAGUUCCGGAUCCUGUCGACGAUGACGAUGAGGACAACUAUGACGAGGAAAUAAGCUACAUACAAACCCUUGGUUCAAAGUGCAAGCCCUACAGCCAUUCUAUAGCAGAGACAAGAAAGGGUUAUGUUGGGAGAUUCCCUCCCAAGAUACAGGAGGGCGACUUAAUAUGUCUACUGCACGGACUUGACCAUGUGGCUGUAAUCCGGCGAAGAGGGAAGUAUUUUCAGUUUGUAGGAACAUGUUUCAUUAUUGGAAUGAGGCGAAGGAAGCAAAUUCAUGCGCUGGUUGAGCUAUAUAGCCUAAAGGCUGAAAAGGUUACUUUAAGGUAG